UCAUGAAAUGGACGGAAGAAGAAUCUGUGGAACAGUAGUGGUCAAGCCUAUUAUCUGUAAAGGCUGCAAUGUGGCAUCUCAUCCGUCUUGUGUCUCCCGAACCGAUCAUCCACACACGAAUGGGCAAUUUGUAAACUGCAAGGACACAGAAGUAAAUUCCACUCUUCUUAACGCAAUUAAAAAAACGAUGCGUUCGGAAUUUGAUAUCUUCCGCAGCGAAAUAAGAGAAAUGUACAGAGCUGAUAUGCUUAAAAUUGCGGAAGAUAUUCAGAACCUGUCAAAACGCAUUGAUCAUCUGGAAAAUCAACUUGUGGAUCUCCAACCGGCUUCCUCUUUAUCAUUCGAAGAGGAUAUUAUUGAAGAAAUGGAGGAUAGAAAAAAAAGAGCAACCAACCUCAUAUUUUUCAAUCUCGAUGAGUCUCAGGGAAAUGACUGCACGGAUGUCAACCUGGUUAAGGAUAUUAUUGGUGUGAUUCAACCGAAUAAUACUCUUGGAGUGAAGACUAUGCGACUUGGAACGAAAUCCCAGGGUCGCUCUCGUCCACUGCGAGUCUCUUUACCUAGCGAGCAGGAUGCGCGUGAAAUUCUACGGAACAAAUCGCGUUACUCUGGUCCAGUCAAAAUCGCUCAGGACCAAACACUUAAACAGAGAAAACAUUUAAAGAACUUGCAAUCUGAAUUAAAAUUAUUAAAAGAUGCGGGUGAAGUUAAUAAAACAAUCCGAUAUAAGAAUGGUGUGCCUAAAAUUGUUAACAGCAAUCGCAAUAUAAUUUCAAAAAACGGAAUCAGUUCCCUUUAGUUUAUUAUCAAAAUGUGCGUGGCUUAAGAACAAAAUUGUGUGAUCUCGGUUGCGCUUUAUCGACCGCGACUGAGAACUUCGAUAUUAUAAUAUUAGUUGAGACAUGGCUAAAUGAUAACAUUACUGAUGUAGAAUUAGGUUUUGAUAAUUUUAAUAUCUUUCGCGUGGACAGUGAUUCUAUUAAUAGUGAUUAUUUGCGUGGAGGCGACAUUUUAAUUGUGGUUAAAAAUCAUUUAUUUAGUUGAGUCUUGAAAUUGUCUGUUGCGAGCGUUGAGCAGUUAUUUGUUGACCUUCGGCUUGAAGAUAAACACAUAAUUAUCGGGACUGUUUAUGUACCCCCAACGUUAGAUUCUUCUGUUUAUGAGUCACAUUGUCUUUCCCGUUGAAGAGGUCAUGACUGUGCUAUCUGAUGCUGAUUUUUUAAUUGCCGGCGAUUAUAACUUGCCCCGUACCCACUGGCAUAAUAAUGAAGAUUACUUAUUAUAUAAUAUAGACCACGGUGGUCAAAUGCAUGAGCAGGCUAAUACUGUCAUGCAUUUCUUUAAUGAAUUUAAUUUAUAUUAGGAUAAUGAUAUUCUCAAUGUGAAUCAUAAUACAUUAGAUUUGGUAUUCUCUACAUUGCAUGAUAUCUCAGUGUUACCGGCAGCGGAGUCAUUAUGCGACCUAGAUUAUUGCAAUUUCAGUAGUUACGAAUCUCCUACUGUACCAUAAUUUUAUUAACUCAGCUAUUGAGGGAGGUUCCCAAGUCGAUGCCAUAUAUACUGAUUUUAGAAAAACUUUCGAUAGCGUUGAUCACACUUUAUUAAUGUAUAAAUUGCGCGCAUUUGGCAUUGACGGAGUUAUGUUAAAAUGGCUGUCAAGCUUUAUUAUGAACAGAACCCAAAUUGUUAAAUUCAA